GGCCGGGCCGGGUACUCGCCGGGUUUUCUCUGCCUGAGCCUCUCGGCGCUGACGGCGCUCGGAGCCGCUCUUGUGUUUCUGCCUCUGCACUCCGGGAGAGUCGGCACUCAGCAGGUGCCGCUCCUUUAUUUGAAGCCUGUCAUCUGCCAGUAGAUGGGUCACUUCUGUAUCAAAUCUCGCCUGUUUGAUUCACGGCUGUGCUUCACCUGUCUGAUCUCUCUACAAAAACGUGUGACCCUUCCAACUCCUCGCUACACGAGAGCAUUCAUCUCUGAACAGUGAGACCUCCUUGUGAAAAGUACUUUUUCUGACUUUCCUCAAAUUGUUGCUUUCUUCUGAUGUAACUGUACCCAUUUGACUCUGGGCUCUUCUUCUGAGGAAGCAAUGUUCUAAGAAUGUCAUCAGGCAUCCAAAUAAAAACAAAGUCUGCAGCCCAGAAAAGCAAGACACGUUCUCCAGAAUCACAGCCAAAGCCUAGUGCCAAGCUGAAUCCUAAAACUAUUGAUCCAUUUCGUGCUUAUUCUCAACCAUCUGCAUUUGCUGCUACAUAUGCCAGAGGUGGCAUUCCGUGCAGGUUAGUGCAUGGAUCAGUAAAGCACAAACUGCAGUGGGAAUGCCCUCCUGAAACUGUUCCCUUUGAUCUUCUUUUAACAUUGGCAGAGGGACUAAGAGAGACAAAACAUCCUUAUACUUUUGUUUCCAAGGAGGGUUUUAAAGAAUUACUUCUAGUUGAUGGUGCUGCUGAAAAAGCUAUUCCCUUGUUGCCUCGUCUAAUUCCAAUCUUAAAGGCUGCAUUGGCCCAUGCAGAUGAUGAAGUAUUUGGAAGGGGAUUGGAUGCUUUAGUGCAAUUGAGUGCUGUUGUUGGCCCAUCUCUUAAUGAUCAUCUUAAACUUCUACUCACAAAUCUUUUAAAGAGAUUAAUGGACAAGAAAUAUAGAGAAGAAGUUACUGUUGCUUUACAAAAGUUGGAGCACUGUGGUGGAAAGGCAACUGUGGCGAUCAUCAAAUCUAAAAUUCCAACCUAUUGUUCUAUCUACUCUUGAACAAGGAAUCUGUAGUGAUUUAUACUGUAAAGUGAAGUUUGGAAAGAAGCUCUCUGUAAAUAUCACUGACACUUAUUUGGGGUAUAAUAUAUUCUCUUAAAAUACUAAUUAUUCCUCCAUUAGUAUGAUGGAGAGCAGGAGUCUUAUCAGUUUGUGAAUAUGUAAUUAUGGAAGACUUCUCUUUGUAUAUUUGUAUAUGCAUUUGGCUUACAAUGACACUAUUAAUGUGCUAUUAUUAAAAAAAAAUAAAUAUUGAUUCUUACUUAGUUUUUAAUUACAACUUUAUUAUAUCUGUAGUCUUAAUAUAUUUAAUAUAUUUCUGUGAUGCAAAAUAAUUUGGUUGUAAUUACUUAAAUAAAAUCUAACUUGGUGCUAAA